UCAGCAAGAGAAGCAGGGUGCGGCUGAGUGACAGCAAGGCACUAUCAGCUGGACUUUGAGAUCAUGCAUGGGUAUAUAAGCCACACAACGUCUUCAGCUUCACAGGCACUACCAGGUGGGCUCCCAGAUACACUCCCAAACUAAGACCUGAAAAGAUGAAGGUCCUUGCUGUGCUCGUCCUAGCCAUCUGCACCGGCUCUCAGGCCAACAUCUUCUAUGCCGAUCAACCAAAGUCACAGCUAGAAAUAGUGGAGGAUGCUUUCUGGGCCUAUGUUGGCAAAGUAACCCAGACAGCUGAGGAAACCAUGAAGAUGAUCAAGGAAACCCAGCUUGGGAAGGAUAUCAGCAUCCGUCUGUCAGAAAGCACCGAACUGGCCACCAAGUAUGCAGUCUCCCUCCAGGAUCAGAUUCCCUCUUCAGCCCAGGAGCUGAUAACUAAGAUCAGCACAGAGGUUGAUGCACUCAAAGUCCAAAUGAACCAGGAUUUGAGCUCUGUGAAGGAGCAGCUACAGCCCUUUACUGAUGACCUGAAACUUAAGAUCGAACAAGGUGUGGAGCAGAUCAAGCAGGAGCUGCAGGGUUCCUUUCCAAAUUUGGAGAACCUGAAGGACACCGUGAUGGAGAAGAGCGACCUCCUGAAGAGCAAUCUGGACCAGAGUGUCAAACACCUGGAGGCUCAGCUUGGACCCCAUACUGAGAAUCUAAAGCAGAAAGUGGACCAGCACAUACAGAAGUUCAAGGAGAAAGUUUCACCCAUGACUGAGCAGGUCCAGGCGCAGCUGACUCAGAAAAUACAACAGCUCCAACAGUUUGUGGCCCCCUAUGCUGAUGAACUGAAGGAACAGCUGAAUCCCCACAGCCAAAACCUCCAGCAACACCUCAACUCCCUCUACCAAUCUUUUGUCGAUGCCAAUAAGUCAACUGCCACAUGAUGUUAAACUUGAAGAAACUGAAUUAAA